GUCGGCAUGGCGAGGGGAGGGGAGGAGAGGACUAUAAAAGCGGGAACUGCCCCCGGGGAGCAAGUCUGCAUAUAUUUCAUCUCGUCUGCUUGAAUUUAAUUUGAUUCACUUCACUUCUUUCAUCUGCUCGCACUUACCCCUCCAUCCACAACCAACCCAACACAACUCCUCCCCGUCGGACAGUCUGACUUGACACUACAAAAAGUGCGUACACCCCGACUCCUCUCAAUUGCCUCGUACCGUCCUCUGCUCGGUCGAUUCCCAUCGUCUGCGGAUCAAUUGCUCCCAUCGCCCGAGGUGUCUGUUAUUACGUAGCCGUUGUACUGAUGUCUGUCUCUUUGGCUGCAGGCAAUCUUGCGACCCCGCACUCCGGCAGGUUGAUCAUCCAACACAAGCACCGCUCUCUCCCUAAUCCAAUUCUCACUAAAACAUCAAAUUAGUCAAAAUGGUAUUGCUCACUCGUUCGCUCUGCCGCUUCGCGCGUCCUGCACUCACAUCUUCCUUCCACUCUGCUGCGCGGCCGGCCCACAAUGCACGGGUGCUGUCUCGUGGGGCCCUCGCGCUGCGGCACAAUCUUGGGAGCAUCAGAACGCUGACAGGGAAACGUGAAAAGGUCAAGGUCCUCCUUGUGUUGUACGACGGCAAGAAGCACGCCGAGGAAGUGCCCGAGCUUCUAGGCACGACAGAGAACGAGCUCGGUAUCCGCAAAUGGCUUGAGGAUCAAGGACACACGCUCAUCACUACAUCCGACAAGGAGGGCGAGAACUCCAAGUUCGAUCAGGAGCUGGUUGACGCUGAGAUCAUCAUCACUACACCCUUCCACCCAGGUUACCUCACCGCCGAACGUCUCGCAAAGGCCAAGAAGCUGAAGCUUGCCAUCACUGCUGGUAUUGGAUCCGACCACGUCGACCUGAACGCUGCGAACACGACCAAUGGCGGCAUCACCGUUGCUGAAGUCACCGGCUCCAACGUCGUCUCGGUCGCCGAGCACGUCGUCAUGACCAUCCUCGUCCUCGUCCGCAACUUCGUCCCCGCACACGAACAAAUCCAGGCUGGUGAGUGGGAUGUCGCUGCCGCUGCCAAGAACGAGUUCGAUCUCGAGGGCAAGGUUGUCGGUACCGUCGCUGUAGGACGUAUUGGAGAGCGUGUCUUGAGACGUCUGAAGCCGUUCGACUGCAAGGAGCUUCUGUACUUCGACUACCAACCCCUCAAACCAGAGAUCGAGAAGGAGAUUGGUUGCCGACGUGUCACGGAUUUGGAGGAGAUGUUGUCACAGUGUGAUAUUGUUACCAUCAACUGCCCUCUCCACGAGAAGACCCGAGGUCUCUUCAACAAGGAAUUGAUCUCCAAGAUGAAGCCUGGCUCCUGGCUCGUCAACACCGCCCGUGGCGCCAUCGUCGUCAAGGAAGACGUCGCCGCGGCCCUCAAGUCCGGCCACCUCCGCGGCUACGGCGGUGACGUGUGGUUCCCGCAACCCGCACCCAAGGACCACCCCCUCCGCUACGCCAAGAACCCCUUCGGUGGCGGAAACGCCAUGGUUCCCCACAUGUCUGGCACGUCGCUCGAUGCGCAGAAGAGAUACGCCGACGGCACCAAGAGCAUCCUGGAGAGCUACCUGUCUGGAAAGCAUGAUUAUAGACCGCAGGAUUUGAUUGUGACGGGUGGUGAUUAUGCGACGAAGGCGUAUGGUGAGCGGGCUAAGAUUAGUGCAGCGAAUAAGGCAUAGGUGAGAGGACGAUACCAGUGGAUGAUGAAUCGAGGGAUUUGGAAAACAUGGCAAAAGUGUUAUGUGCUGUAGCUUUAGGAAUGGUACCUUUAACUUUGACGAUCGACGAU